CAUUAGAUGCGCCUCGUCCUCCUCUUUCUCCGUGUGCAAGGAAUCGAGCCGGGGCUCAUCCAAUCGAGCGCAGCGUCGCCAAUUCCCCGAGUUGGUCGCCGUCCAUCUUCUUCAAUUCCGGCCGCCCUCAUCCUCCUCCGGCCAAACCGAGCACACCCCCGGCUUCCUCGUGUUCAGCCGCACCUUCGACGCCAUCUCACUUCUUCUGGUUCGUUCCCAGGCGACGAAUCCAUCUCCGACCAGAGCUCCGUUUCGCCAUGGCCUUCAUCCCCGAGUUUCGUCUCGUCUGCUUCAAAUUAAAUCGCGCCUCGUUCCAAACAACAGAUCUCGCAGCGAAGGGUACCUCAAUUUUGGUGGAGCCUUCCCCUACUCAACAUCACCAGCCUAGCCCAUUUGAUCCGCCGAUGGGCCUUGGCCCAGGUUCCUUCCCCGGCGCUACUCCUCUAUCCGUCGCCAGCAGCAUGCCGGUUCUGGCCCAGGACAACGCAGCAUUUGCUUCUUCCCGGAUAGGAUCGCGAAGUGGUGUUGUGAGAUGCGGCAAGUUCUUCGGAUGUUCCUCGGCAAGCUUUAACAGGUAUGAAGAUAUGUUCGAAGAAGACGACGCUAGCAAGGUUACCCUUCCGGCUUGGCCUGGGCAGGGUUAUGGACGCCACUGGUUAUUUUCAGGACUCUUAGUCCAAUUUGUAUCUUGUCCGUAUUCGGAUGUAUUCGCUCUUCUGUAUGAUUUGGAUCUUUGUAUUGUAUAUUUGUAUCUUGACUCGUUGGAGUCGUUGUUGAUAUAUAUGUUUCUUGUGGGCUCUAUUGUAAUCCUGUUGUAAUGUUACUGCUCGUGUUAAUUCCUCUGGCAUCACGUGUGUGAUUCGUCGCGCACGUCGUGUCGGAGGGCGUGUCGGAAUCGAUAUCGUGCGGAUUUCGGCGGGAUCGCUGGAAUCCUCAGGAUACCGGUUCCGGGGCGUCACAGUAAGGGUGACCAAGCAACUCAUCCAAGACAAGGAAGCCCUUAUUGCCCGUUCUCAAGACGAAGCAAAAGGCCUCACAGCCGAUCUGAAGACCGAUCUGGCUGAAAUUCGUACCCUGAGCAGCCAGCUGGUGACGGGUAAAGACGAGGACGACGAAGCUGAGAUCGCUGAGGUAGAUCGCAUCCGUGUUGACGCCCUUCAUGCCCUUGACGCGUUUCUCCAGUAGGGACAAAUAUUUCGCUGAACUCAAGUGCUCCGGCUGUACUUGCUACAUUUUUUUUACUGGCCGAUUUUCCACCGGCUCCUAAUAUUUCA